ACUCCUCGAUCAGCACAACAUAAACAGCCUUGGACUUCUACAAAAACCACUUUCCCACACACCAUCUUUUUCCACCCUAGUACACACCCUUUUUAGUUUCAGCAUCCCCUCUCCUAAUUGAAUAAAGAUGGGGAGAGGAAAGAUUGUGAUCAGAAAGAUUGAGAAUUUGACUAACAGGCAAGUGACUUUCUCAAAACGAAGAAAAGGGCUGAAGAAAAAAGCUCAAGAAUUAUCCAUUCUUUGUGAUGCACAAGUUGGAUUGAUUUUGUUCUCCGCUACUCAUAAGCUUUAUCAUUUUGCAAGCUCCAGCAUGGAAUCAAUUAUCGAUUGUUAUAAUAAGUUAACUAAGGAUCACCAUCGGGCAAUAGAUACUACUUUGAACGUUAAGUUUUGGCAAAGAGAAGUAGCAAGCUUGAGGCAACAAUUGCAGCACUUGAAUGAUAGCCAAAGGCAAUUGAUGGGCCAAGAACUAUCUGGUUUGGAAUUUACUGAGCUGCAGCAUCUAGAAAGUCAAUUGGAGAUGAGUUUGAAAAGCAUUCGCACCAGAAAGGUAUUAGUUUUUUGA